AUGAAUCUAAGUCAAAAUAAGAAGGAGAAGGAGAUUUCUCAGGGGAUUGCUUUCCAAGCCGAAGUGAAAGAUAAUGUUGAAGAAGAAGAUGAAGACUUAGCGGAGUCUCUUGCUCGAUUGACUAAAAAUUUUAACAGGGUGAUGAAGAAGUUCAACAAGAAGAACCAAACUCCAACUUUCAACAACUCCAACAAUUUUCAGAAAAAUAAAGGAGCUACAAAUUCCUCUAAUAAUAAGAAGAAGAAUAGGGGAAUUCAAUGUCGGGAGUGCGAUGGUUACGGUCACAUUCAAUCUGAGUGUGCUAACACUCUCAAGAAGAGGAAGAAGUCUCUCAACGUCACAUGGAGUGGUGAGGAUUCUAAAGGCAGCCAGGAAGAUGAUGAUCACGUGAACAACUAUGUUGCGUUCAAUGUCUACCAAGAUGUUCCAAACUGCAGUGUUACAGAUCAUUUCACAACUCAUGUUGCAAUAUCAUCUGCAACAUCAUCUGCAACACACUCUGGAAAACCAGAAGAAAACAUAGAUUUUUUAGAUUCUGACGGUUCCAGUGAUGGUGAAGAAUUGACUGAUGAGACAAUACAUGAGGCAUAUGAAACCAUGUUCAACAAAUGGGUUUUGGUGGUUAAAAUGAAUAAGUCUUUGCAGGAGCGAGUCGAUGAGCUUAUUAAAGAGAAGGAUGUGCUUAAGAGGGCUGUUGUAAACAAUGAAUUUUGGGCUGUUGAAAAUGAGAAAAAACUGCAAGAGACGAGAGCUGAAUCGGAGCACACUCAAAAGUCAUUGAAAAUGAUGAAUUCCGGCACCACAAAAUUGGGUCACAUUCCCUCGAUAGGAAAUGCGAGUGGUGAUCAACAUGGCCUUGGCUAUACUGGUGAGAGCUCAACAUCCAAAACAGUGUUUGUGAAGAAGACGCCUGCCCCUAAGCCUCCAACUUCCUCCAGUAAGAAGGUUACUAUCUUAUCCCCUUGA